AAUAGGUAGAUUUUUUCCCCCCCAGUUUCAAUUAAUAAUUUAAGUUAAUAUCAUUUUUGCAUUUUCUGUUCGUUUUGCAUUUGAAAUACGUUCACCACCUAUAAAAAAAAUUGCUGAAUUCAACAAAAUUUUCCGAUUACGUAAAAUCAGCUGUGUUUACAAUACAAUAACUUGUCUUAUGGCCAGUUAUACCAAAUCCACAUUCCUUUGGCCUCAGUAAGUGCUCUUACAUGACAGCCCCAAAAUCUUUUUGCAUGUGUGUGAUCUGAAUGUGCAUUCAAAUAACAGAAAACAAUUACCCUCUUUCUUUGGUUCAACAGUAAGAUUAGCCAAGAGCUGUAAAACAUGUACAUGCUGAUUUAAGAGGAUUUUCAUAUGGAGUGUGAGUCACGUAUUACACGCCUAAGGUAGAAAACUCUGAUCUGGCAUUUUUCUUGUUCUUGUUCUUAUUAUUAUUAUUAUUAUUGUUACUCUUUUUUUGUUUUUAUAAUAAUAAUAAUAAUAAUAAUAAAAUAAACCAAAUAAAUUUUUAAUUAUAAUAAUUGUACCAGUUUUAUGGCAAAGUGUUUCUACUAUGUAAUUUGACUUUUCACAAGUGGACCUGUCAAACCAUUUCAUUUAAUCUCCAAAACAAUAAAAGAACAAAUAAUGGUUUUCAAUACAGAACCAAACUAAUUACAUCAGUGUGAUGGCUCUGUGUUGUUUUUAGAAUGAAAGUGCAUUGUGCAAGUUGUCAUACUGACAAAACAAGUAAACAACCAAACAAUAAUUUCGUAAUACACUUGUACUGUCCGGGAAUUUCACCUCAUUACCUAUAAAUAAGAGACUUUGUGAGCAGAUUAAUUACAGAUUAUUAGCAGGGAGUACAAGGCAAGGAAGGAGGUGCACCAGGAGGUUUAUUUAGCAGAUUAUGCUUUAAAAUAAUUUGUGUGUACAGUGCAAUGGGGCUUGGCUGAUGACAAGACUUAGUGCCUUAUGUGUCUAGAUAAUAUACAUUAUGUCUAUUAAGAAGGCCAGGUAGAUCAUACAGCUACUUGAAGACAUUUUCUGCUGUUUCAAAAGCCAGGUAAGACAAUUACUUGUGUUUCAAGUAUCUUAAAAACAAUCAAAUAAUCGUUCUCAAGAUAAUAUUUAUGUUUAUCUGUGACGAUUUUAAAUCUUCCAGGUAAAAAAGCAUCUGGAUUUCAUUGUUCGUAUCCAGUCGGCUUUGUUAAUUGUGAUAUACAUAUGGCAUAUUUAGAGUCUAUAUGGUUAUGCAAAACUAAAAAUUUCCAAACUAAUUCUAUAGCCUCUGUAAAACAAUGUAGUGUUAUGGACACUAAUAGAAAAUGAAUAGAAAGGAUUUUAAAUGUGAUAUUAUUUGCUCGAUACAAAGAAGUGGAGUGAAACUAUUAUAUUAGGUUUAUGUCUAGAUACUAAUCGAAACAGGAUAUUGAUGAAUUGCAGUAUUGUAAAAUUUUAAGGUUAUUUAAAACUAAAAAGGUCCCGGUUAUAAUCUGUCAGAUGUCUGGUUACUUCAAAAGCCAGACAUUUUAAAUCAGAUUAUAUUACAGUAAUGCACAAAAGUAGAGUAAAAGUAUCCAACCUUGAAUGCAUUCCAUAAUCUUAGUACAAAUUAUGCAUGCUGUGAAAUUAAUACCAUUUGCAUGCAAUUUAUGAUGCAACAUCCAUGCAAGGAAAGUCCACUUUAGACAUUCUAUUAACAGUAAGUAACUUUCCAACUACAUGUCAAAUAGCAGACAGUAUUCUGCUAAAUAUUUAUUUUAUUUUGAAGUGUACACAACAUACAAUAUACUGACUGUGAGAAACUUUCUUCUAUUACUAGUUUCUAUUACUUUUACUCUAUUAUAUUUAUUGUAUAUAUCUUAUUGUACCAAUCCUAAACCCUAAAACAGUUCUGAAAAUUAGUCGACGUGUAGUUGACGUUAUGAGAAUAGUUAUGAGAAUAUCUGAAGUUUACUGUCAAACGUGUGGUUUUUACCCAGGGACUUCACUAGAUAAAAAAAAAAAGUAUCACUUAAGUAUUGAGUAGGUUGGCCUAUACUUCCUGAAACUGAAUAAAAAAACAUGUGCCUUGUGCUCAACUCAACUUCCUUUACGAAUGUGAUGCAGGUUCUUGAGCAGCAGCACAUGUUCAGUACAGCGUCAACGGAACAGAAAUUGUUAUAUCUGAACAGAUUUUUUUGAUUCUGCAUAUAAGUAUAUCACAUAAAAGCCUUUUAUGUCUUCUUUUUUGGAGGCCUGAUCAGCUAUGGGAAUUAUUGUCGAGGAUCGAGAGAUGGUAGGUGCUCCAGAUGGUGGCUGGGGCUGGAUCGUUCUGCUUGGAUGUUUUGUCAUCACCGGCUUCUCAUAUGCCUUCCCGAAAGCUAUAAGCGUGUAUUUCAAAGAACUGAUGAAGGAAUUUAACUGUGGAUACAGUGAAACCGCCUGGAUUUCAUCUAUAAUACUAGCAAUGCUAUAUGGUUCAGGUCCGAUCUCCAGCAUCAUGGUCAAUAGAUUUGGAUGCCGGCCAGUGAUGCUGGUUGGAGGAUUACUGGCCUCAGGAGGGAUGAUAAUUGCAUCUUUCGCUACUAACAUAAUCCACCUUUAUCUCACUGCAGGUGUAAUUACAGGUCUUGGACUGGCUUUGAACUUCCAACCAUCACUGAUUAUGCUGGGGUCUUAUUUUGACAAACGCAGACCACUUGCCAAUGGAUUGGCAGCAGCUGGAAGCCCUGUAUUUCUGUCAGCUCUUUCUCCAUUAGGACAACUGCUGCUCGACCACUAUGGAUGGAGAGGAGGCUUUCUCAUAACUGCUGGUCUUCUGCUCAACUGUUGCACCUGUGGAGCAAUCAUGAGACCCUUGAAAUGCAAAGAAAGAAAAGCGACAGCCUAUUCCCAAGAGCUCAAGGAAAUGCUGCCUCCUGAGGCUGGACAAGAGAAUAUCGUUUACGAAAACAAUAAUGAUAAAAAGCCCAGUAAAAAGAAACUUUUGGACUUCAGUGUACUUGCUGACAAAGGGCUUAUUAUCUAUAUUAUUGCAAAAUUUAUAGUUGUCCUUGGCCUAUUUGUUCCAACUAUUCUACUAGUCAACUACGCUAAGGACCAGGGAGUGCUUGACCAGGAUGCUGCUUUUUUGUUGUCUAUUAUAGGAUUUAUUGACAUCUUCGCACGUCCCACUUGUGGCAUAGUGGCCGGUUUAAAAUGGAUCCGACCCAAAAUGUCUUAUUUCUUUAGCUUGGCUUUGCUCUUCAAUGGCCUAACAGAUGUAUGUUCAGCUACAAACACAGACUACAAAGGGCUAGUUAUCUUCUGUGUGUUCUUCGGUCUCUCUUAUGGCAUGGUGGGUGCUCUGCAGUUUGAAGUGCUGAUGGGUAUUGUGGGAAAAAGCGGUUUUUCCAGUGCACUUGGCCUAGUGCUCCUUAUCGAGGCAGUGGCUGUGCUGAUCGGACCUCCCUCUGCUGGUUAUUUGGUGGAUAAGUACAAAAACUAUGAACUGAUUUUUUACAUGGCUGGAGGAGAGUUAAUCGCUGCAGGAAUAUUUCUUGCCCUUGCAUCAUUCUUCAUUAUUGGCCGAAAGAAACACAAAGACACACAGCAGAAACAUCAUGGUGAUGUGGCAAUCAAUCCUAAAAAAAUAAACAGUGGAGAAAGUUGAAAUGUGGGACAUUUAAGUUCAAUUAAUUUUGUAUACAUGUACAUUAUUGAUAUUAGUGUCUUAUAUUGUGUAUAUGGUGUGUCUGUUUAAAUGUUUCUAAUUUCAUAUAAAUAACAUAAAGAAUUCCACAAUCAUAAUGUGGGUGAAUAAGGACUAAA